CCGCCCUCCUGACCCUCAGUUCUCCGCGGUGCGAGCCCCCCAGCCCAGCUCGCUUUCGCCGGGCGCCUCUGGGCUUCCUCUCAUCGCCUUUCCCCUCGGCACACAUCUAGGCGAUCCCCGACUCCCUUCUUCAUGGCGUCGCUUCUGUGCUGUGGGCCCAAGCUGGCUGCUUGCGGCAUCGUCCUCAGCGCCUGGGGAGUGAUCAUGUUGAUAAUGCUCGGAAUCUUUUUCAAAGUCCAUUCCGCUGUACUAAUAGAGGACGUUCCCUUCACCGAGAAAGAUUUUGAGCAUGGCCCCCAGAACAUAUACAGCCUGUACGAGCAAGUCAGCUACAACUGUUUCAUCGCCGCGGGCCUUUACCUCCUCCUCGGAGGCUUCUCUUUCUGCCAAGUUCGGCUCAAUAAGCGCAAGGAAUACAUGGUGCGCUAGAGCACUGUCGCGUUUCCCCGCUCCAGUCCCCCCUCUAUUUAAAGACUCCCCCCCGCAGCCGUUCCCACCCCCCACCCCAUUCUGGCGCCGUCUGCGGGACGGGGCUUCCCUGGCGAGAGGCUGAAUUCCUUUUUCUCCAAUCUCUGACGCCCGGCCCCACUGGAGGGAGGCUGGGGCUGGCCGUUGCCUGUCCCUCCGGCCCCGUCGCCUUGUCCCGUACCACAAUAAAGAGAAACUGCACUCUUAA